AUGCCUACUACUGGGGCUAAGAUUGGCCAUGGCCUGGCCAAAGUCCUAGGCAUCAAACUCGACUACCGUCAGGAGAUGCAAGCUGAGAAGAUCACCAGAGGAGAAUCCGUCUUCUCUGUCUCCAGCGCUGACACCUUCGUCGAAGCCGAGCCCACAGUUUGGGAGUGGUUCAGAGAUGUCACCCCAACCGGGUCCAGCAUGAUCACCUACGGUCGCAACCUCUUCCCAUUCACCCGCUGGAUCGGUCGCUACAAUCUGCAAUGGCUCUACGGUGACCUGGUCGCUGGUAUCACCAUCGGUGCUGUCGUCGUUCCUCAGGGUAUGGCUUAUGCAAAACUUGCUGCGCUUGACCCGGAGUAUGGUCUUUACUCUUCCUUUAUGGGUGUAUUGAUCUACUGGUUCUUCGCUACCUCAAAGGAUAUUACUAUCGGUCCUGUCGCUGUCAUGUCCACCAUCGUCGGAAACAUCGUGCUCAAGGCUGAAAAGAGCCAUCCUGAGUAUCAGGGACAUGUCAUUGCAUCCUCGCUUGCGGUCCUCGUCGGUGGAAUCGUCUGUUUCCUGGGUCUCGCUCGCCUUGGCUGGAUCGUCGACUUCAUCUCCCUCACCUCGAUCUCGGCCUUCAUGACUGGAUCUGCCAUCAACAUCUGCGUUGGUCAAAUCCCCAACCUGAUGGGUAUCACUGGCUUCUCGACCCGUGAUUCAACAUAUCUUGUUGUGAUCCAUAUUCUGGAACAUCUCGGAAGAACCAAACUUGACGCCGCAAUGGGUCUUACCGCUCUUCUCUUCCUUUACCUCUUGAGAUUUGGAUUCACGUACGCCGGAAACAAGUUCCCCAAACACCGCAGACUUUUAUUCUUCUGCUCGACUCUGCGCACCGUCUUCAUCAUCCUUCUGUACACUAUGAUCAGUUGGUUGGUCAACCGCAAUGUCCCUAACAUCCACAAGAAGCCCUCCAAGUUGGCCAAGUUCAAGCUUUUGGGAAACGUUCCUCGUGGAUUUAAGCAUGCUGCCGUACCCGUUCUCAAUUCUGACAUCAUCAAGGUGUAUGCUAGCGAGAUUCCCGUUUCGGUCAUUGUCCUGCUUAUUGAGCACAUUUCGAUUGCCAAGUCCUUCGGAAGAGUCAACAACUACACCAUUGAUCCCUCUCAGGAGCUCGUUGCCAUUGGUGUUUCGAACCUUCUUGGUCCUUUCCUCGGUGCCUAUCCCGUCACUGGAUCCUUCUCGCGUACCGCUAUCAAGUCCAAGGCAGGUGUCCGCACACCUUUCGCUGGUGUCAUUACCGCUGUCGUCGUCCUGUUGGCCAUCUACGCCUUGCCAGCAGUAUUCUUUUACAUCCCCAACGCUGUCCUCUCCGCUGUCAUUAUUCAUGCCGUUGGUGAUCUCAUUACUCCGCCCAACACCGUUUACCAGUUCUGGAAGAUUUCGCCGAUUGAGGUUAUCAUCUUCUUCGCUGGUGUCCUCGUCACUGUUUUCUCCUCGAUCGAGAACGGCAUCUACACUACUAUUUGUGUGUCUCUUGCUCUCCUUCUCUUCCGUGUUGUUAAGGCGCGUGGUCGUUUCCUCGGCAAAGUUCAGGUUCACUCUGUUAUUGGAGAUCAUCUUCUCGAGGGCAAGGAUAAGCCGAACGGCCAACCUUAUGAUCACGAAAAGGCAGACCGCAACAUCUUCUUGCCCCUCGAGCACGAUGAUGGUUCUAACCCGAUGAUCGAUACCGACUCACCUCACCCUGGAGUCUUCAUCUACAGAUUCUCCGAAGGCUACAAUUACCCCAACGCCAACCACUACCUGGACUACAUGGUAUCCUCUAUCUUCAAGCAAACUCGCCGUACCGACCCCAACGCAUAUGGUAGACCUGGUGAUCGUCCUUGGAACGACCCUGGCCCGCGCCGUGGUAAGGCUGCCAUCGUCAACGAGCAUUUGCCUACUCUCAAGGCUAUCAUUCUGGACUUCUCUUCCGUCAACAAUGUUGAUGUCACUUCCGUGCAACAUCUCAUCGAUGUCCGUAACCAGCUUGAUCGCUACACUACACCCGAGAAGGUGCAAUGGCACUUUGCCCACAUCAACAACCGCUGGACUCGUCGCGCUCUUGCAUCCGCUGGUUUCGGUUACCCUACUGAGGAGGGUGACGAAUUCCAGCGCUGGAAGCCUAUCUUCAGUGUUGCCGAACUUGGUGGCUCAUCAAGCGCUGCUGCUGACGCUGAAUACGCUAUGAACCACCCCGAGCACAAGAAGCAUCGCGAUGUCGAGCUUGGACGUGAGCACAGCGGAGAAAUCACUGGCGAAAGCAGCGAAGCUUCAAGUGAUAUAAACCAGGCCAUCCAGAACAGCAAGGCAUACGGUUCGCAAGUCAACCAGAAGAAGAUCGUCGUACAUGGUCUCAACAGGCCGUUCUUCCACAUCGAUCUCACCAGCGCUCUGCAAAGCGCAGUCGCGAACAUCUCACACCCCUCAGCUACCGCUGACGUUGUUCAGGACCAAAAGCUGAGUUGA